AGCAAUCACCAUAAUCAUUCCCUAAUUUCCAUCACCAUUUCUCUACUCUUCGCCACCCUUCAUCACUGAUCUCACCACUCCAGACCUUUCUCUUCCAUUUUCCAAACUCCUUAAGCCGCAGACCAUUGUCUCCACCUCACAGCAACUGCACAUCAUCUUCAACAACUCCUGGGUUUGUCCUUUCUACUAGAAAUUUGCUGGCCUCCUUAAUUUCUUGCUGUCUCUACAGCUCGGGUCUCCAUUUCUAGGAAGACCCGCAGCCUCUCACUAGAUUUUUGGUAGUGUGACUUGAGACGUGGAAAACCAAGGAGAGUGACGAGCUAGAAGGAUAGUUACUUGUAUUUUGGGCAUAGAUUUUUUGAAAUAAAGAUCAUUCUUUUGCAAGUUAGAUUUUAUUUUGAGUUAUUGAUCUAAACUACGUGGAUCGUUAGUUAUGAAUUUAGUAAGUUCUGAGCCUUGUGCAUUUGUGGGAUCCUCUCACAAGUGUACGACGUCUGUUUCACCUCCGGAUUUAGGUUUUGGGGUGUGACAAGGAAGGGAAAAAAGUCUUUUAUUUUAUUUUUCUACUUUUAAUCCAUUCAAUUCAUUUAUCGUAUGUUUGUGUUGAGAGGAAUGGAGGGGAGGAAAGAGGAGGGAAAGUAUUUUUCUUUAUUUGGUUGUAAAAAAAUUGAAGAGAAAGGGAGGGAAGAAUUUUCUUUACUUUAUUUUUUCUUUUAAUUUAUUUAUUUGUCUAAAUGUAGGGAAUAAAGGGGAGGGGUCCGGUCCCCUCUAUUUCCCUCAAUUAGGGGUGGAGACAGGAUUUGGAAUGAGGGGAGGCCAAAUUUAUGAGCACUUAUAUCAAACUUGUGUAAAAUAUUAUCUCUCGAGUCUAUUUUAGUUGUAUUAAUUUGAUUUUUACUUGAAGUUUGAUUUAUUUAU